GAAGGUGAGGCGGCGGCGCGCGCUAGGGAAAGGUGUGGCGACGGCGUGCGAUCGGGGAAGGGAACGCGGCGGCGCGUGCAGGGCUACGCGACGCCCUCUGCGCGUCUCCGUCAGGAGGAGGCGUUUCCAUCAGCCACCUCGCUCCAAGCACGCUCUGCUUGGCUGCCCCUCCGGUUUGGCCUUGUGCAAAUGGACGCAAGCAGGUCCAAUUUGGCUGGUGGCUCGAAUCCAUCACAAUUUGCUAAUGUUGAAUCUUGGAACUUUGAUGGAUGUUAUUACAACAUCAUGGAUGAUGAGAAUUUACAACAUAAUGCAGAUGUGCAUGAGGUUCAAGGGCUGCCCUCAGACGAUGUCGAAGUACACAGUACAAGUGCAACAAAGAAAGUAGCUAGGAGAGCGAAGAACUUCAGUCAUCAAGAGGAUGAGGUUAUAUGUUCUGCUUGGAUAAAUGGUAGCCAAGAUGCAAUAAUUGGAAUGAAUCAAACGAGUGGUGGCUAUUGGAAGCGUUUUGCUGAUUACUAUGACAAGUACAAGCCUGAAGGAUCACAAAGGACACAAAUAGCUAUACAACACAUGUGGAAGACAAUUCAGAAGGAAGUGAACAAGUUUUGUGCGUACUUGUCUAAAAUAGAGCAUCGAAAUGAGAGUGGGAAAGUGGCAGAAGAUAGGCUGAAGAUGCCAUGAAAAUGUUUGAGGGAUUACAAAAUCAUCCUUUCCAAUUCACACAUUGCUGGAUAUUAUUGAGAAAUGAAAGAAAGUGGUGUGAAAGGUCUACUGUAACAAGACCAGGGAGGGUCGUAAAUGAAGAUCAACCCUAGAACAUGGUCCCUUCUGGUGAACCUGAGGUUACAAUACGUCCCGAAGUGACUCAUGCAAGAGGAAGCGAGGGAACAAAAACACUGCACCUACUGAUUCCACUACUUGUGUUGAAGUGCUUGAGUGUAUGACCAAGAACCGUGAGCUUGUCGAGGUUAAACGUGAUGAGCAAUACAGGGAGCUACUUGCACGCAGGGACCGUGAGCUUGAUUUGAAGGAACAAGAGAUGGAGUUCAAGAUCAUGGCUGUGAACAUUGACGACGUGCCGGAGGAUAAGCGAGCUUACUACCUGAACCUGCAACAAAGGAUUAUGGAGAAGAGUCACAGAAACAACAAUAGUUCCACUUAGAAUUUAAUGAUGUUUCACAAUGAACUUUAUGGUGGAAUCUUUAUCUAUGCUAUUUAAAUUCUGCAAGUUGUAAUAGUCAAAACUAUUUGAAAGAUAACUAUGUACCUUUUUUUGGAAAUUUGUUCUUGAUAUUUGACUGAAUAAUAUGUGUACAAUGGGAAGUUGUAUGUGCAUCUGAAUGGUUGUU